UUUCUGCUUUCUCGUAUCGGCGUCCAGAUGACGGUCACAAUGAGUGUGGGACGACUUGGGUUCCUGUUUCUGCUGGUGUCUCCAGGACUGCUGCAAGCUGUCAGAGCCCAAGCCCUGCCGUGUCCUGCUCCCAGCCUGAACAAUGGCUUUUUGCACCAAGAAAUGCAUCCUGAUGGAGAAGAGCUGACUUAUGCCUGUGACACUGGAUUCAAACCAAUAGUGGAGGGCUGGUGGGCCAAGAGCAAAUGUCAAAAUGGAAAAUGGUCCCAUGUGCCACAAUGCAUCGAUGAGAGGUCCUGCCUCCCACCAGCGGUUCAGAACGGGGGUUUCCCAGUGAGCCGAACCGGCUGGCAUGAAGACGGCGAGAGCGUCAGGAUAACAUGUCACGAUGGAUAUGAAAUCACAAGCGACUACGCAGAAGCAACAUGUUUGGAUGGAAGAUGGUCCUCUCUGCCCAUCUGUGGGGAAAGUUCCUCUGCGUGCGGCGAACCUCCCCCAGUCCAGCACGCAGUGGUCACUAAUGUCGAAUACCGGACGGUGUUUGCUGCCAACGCAGAGGUGGAGUAUGAAUGUGAAGAUGGUUAUUUCACUCAGGAAGGCGGCACCAAAAAGUCUGUAACUUGUUCCUCUGGAAGAUGGACGGAAGGCCCAACGUGCAGCAGAGGCAGAAGACCCCCACCCGGACGUGAUGACUCCACCACGUCUGCAGGCACAGGAUCGGGAUCCCAGCCCGGGCAUGGUGACUCCACCACGUCUGCAGGUGGAGGAUCUGAUGCCAGCUCAGACCCUACAGGCAGCAGUGGACCCAUGAUAACAAGAAUCAGUGCCUGUGGACGUGGCCUGCCAGUCAUUCCAAAUGGAGAUGUUGUGGAACGAGCUGCGAUGUAUUUGAAAUACCAGUGUCAAAAUUAUUACAAACUAGUUGGCAGUGAAACAGUGCAUUGUUUCAGUGAUGGCACCUGGUCAGCUCUUCCUGUCUGCCAAGAUGCAUUUUGUAAAGUGAAUACUGCUCUUUACCGGGAUCUGAGACCAUCUGCUCCUCAGUUCAUGAAGGAAGGAGAGAGAAAAACAUUUCACUGUGUGGAGCAAUACUACAUAGCUGAGGCUACGUGCAAAGACGGUGUUGUACAAAUGUCAGCAUGUAAGUAUAUGAAUGUUUUUCACAUUUUGAUUUGCCACUACGUUUUUAAUUUCAGCUACAGUUUAUGUUGACAGUUGUGAAGCAUUUCAGUGGAUAGCAAUGAAACAAACUCUGCCUUUUGAAAGCAACUCAUUACUACUAAAUCUAACUGCAGUUUCCAGUUUGAGAUUGAAUUUUGUCCAAUGAGCUGCAGAAACACCUCGAACGAAUAUUUCAA